CUAACUUCGUCUUUUCUGUACCUAACCUAUAAUUUUUUUUAGGGUGUAAACAUUAAUCUAAUUUUUUAAUUAGUAUAUAAGUAUGGAGAAAAUAGUCCUCUUUGUAGUCAUAUUUGCCAUUAUUAACGUCAUAAACAAUGUUUCUUUGGUGCAAUCUAAAAAAGCCAAAGACAAACCUGAUUGGGCUAAAAAAGACAUAAGAGACUUCUCUGAUGCCGAUAUGGAGAGGUUAUUGGAUCAGUGGGAGGAAGAUGAGGAACCACUUGAACCAGAUGAGCUUCCUGAACACUUAAGGCCAGUACCACACAUAGAUUUAUCGCAACUUGGCCAGGGAGAUCCAGAAGACAUGCUCAAACUGACUAAGAAGGGAAAAACCUUAAUGACAUUUGUAAAUGUGGCUGGCAAUCCUAGUAGGGAUAAGACAGAGGAGCUAACCAAAUUGUGGCAAACAGGGCUGUGGAACAAUCAUAUUCAGGCAGAAAGAUACUUAGUAGAUGACAACAGAGCCAUAUUUCUUUUUAAAGACGGAUCUCAAGCGUGGACGGCGAAAGAUUUUCUCGUCGAACAACCGGAGUGUGAAAGUAUAACAAUCGAGUCCAAGGUGUAUCAGGGUAAACACCAUCCUAAAAUGGGAACAGUGGAAAAGACGGAACUAUAGGUUACCAUUCUGAACUCAGUCUGGUUUUAUGGUAUUCCCAUAUUGCAAUCUCUUUUGAACUUCCCUUUUACUCUAGAUCAUUUUAUGAUUUUUUAUAAUUUAUUUCUAUAAUCUUUUGUAAGCAAUUCUACAAAUUGCAAGAAUAAACCAUGUUGUACAAAUAGUAAUAUAUAUUUUUUCUUAUGAAAGUAA